UUAUUCCGAUCGGAAUCGAUUCCGACGAGUUCCAUGAUAGGUACCCUGAUCUAGGGCAAUAAGUUGAAGUGAAAUAGAUGUAUUUUCUCUCAUUCUAACUUAUUGCAUUAGUGUGCGCUAAUUCAAAAGUUCUUCGAAAAGAAACACUCCCCUUGUAUCAUUUUUCAUAACGCAGUAAACGUUUUCACAUUUUAUUUACCAAAUCUGUAAAUGAAUAUUUCAAAUAUUUUAGUAUAUAUUUUCAGAUUUUAUUUAGAUCUAAAAAGAUUAUCUAUUGAUAAUGUCUCCAAAACAUAAUGAAACUCUUCCAAAUUGGCAUUUGUCGACUUGGCAUCCAGAGAUGAUAUUAAUAUCAAAAUCACCAGUCACCCUACAAGGCUUCUUAAUUAUUUCAAAUUUGCCUUUCCCUACAUGGGAUUGCCUACAAUCUAGAAUAAAAUUACAACUAAUUGCUCCAAAUUAUCCAUUACUUCAAGAUGCGCAGAUUAAUUUUGGCACAGCAAUAGCUUCACUGCGUGAUAAAAAGUUCAGUGAUAAAGUGAAGGUAUUAAUGAAUAGUAACAUAAGGAUACCUACAUUUUUAACACAGUUACAAUCACUCAUUGGUGAACAUUUACAUAAUAAACAUCAUAAAAGUCAUAUGAACUAUUCAUCUCUAAGUAAUUUUAUGGAAGAUUUGAAUACAGUUCUUUUGAACCCAUCAGAAGUGCAAGUGUCAUCUGAUGAUAAUUUAAAAACCAUUAAAUUAUCCUUAAAUGAUAUAUCUGUUAUAUUAGAAAGAAAUGAAAGUGCUGAAAUUCCUUGGAAAAUCAUAUCUUCUGAUUUUCCCAAAAUACCAAUUUUUGAGUAUUUUGCAAAAAACAUAACUAAGUUAAAUAUUGCAAUAACAAAGUUCAAAUGGCAAGUAGAAUUGUUGGAGAAAGCAUGGGAGCAAUUGAAAGAAAUUGAUGAAAACUGCUGUGUGAUUGAUCCAUUGGAGCCAAAUAAAAGCCACAUGCAUAGACGUAUUUACUUAUCACAAUUCAUAUCUAUGACAAUUACUAUAAGUCCACUAAAACCUACUGCUUUGCCAGAGAUUAAGUUAUUUGGCAGUGAUAGCGAAGUAAAAAAACAAACAGACUAUAUUUCUAAUAUUCUUGACUGGGACCCAGACUGUAGCAUUUUGGAAAAUCUAAAGAUGUUACUAAAUAUAUAUGAAUUUCCUAAGCAGCAGAAAGACACAGAGACAAUAGAGGACAAAAAUGCUAUUAUUGGUAAUCGUGAAUGUGGUAUAUGUACUUCGGAAAAAUCAGAGGAUGAUGAAUUGCCUGAUAAGAUAUGUAACAACACACAAUGCAAGAUACAUUAUCACUCAGCAUGUUUAUCGAAGUGGUUACAGAAGAACGCUGGGAAUCAAGUUGUAUUUGGAUAUAUUUAUGGUAUAUGUCCAUAUUGCAAGGAGAAAAUAUCAUGUCCUAUUGAACAUUAAUGUUUUCCUACUUUUAAAAAAUAUUUUAUUCAAAUAUAUACAUGAUAAAGUGCAGCUAUCCCUGAGCCAAUGCUGAACAUGAUGAUCUGUUGAAAACUAUUAAUGGAUAGAUUUAUGUGUGAACUAAUUUGUACCU